AUGUAGACAAAAGAGGAUGAAGAUGGAAAGAAAACUAAAAGUGUAACAUUUUGUUUUGAGAAAAAUAUUAUACAUUCUAUUUACAAAUGUCCAUCUGAGUAUUUAAGUAAGAAAAAGAAAAAACAAUUAAGCAGAAAAAUUUCAAGUUCAAUUAAAGGUAGAUGGUAUGAUGAUUAAACUUCCUCUGAUGAAGAAACUAGAAACUAUUCAGAUUUAGAAGAUUAUGAACACUUCUAUAGCAUAAUUGAAUGGAAAAAUCUACAAGAAGAAUCUUCAUAAAAAAUGACACCUAAUAAUUUGAAUGAUGUUAUAAAUUCAAAAAAUUACAAUGAUUUAAAAAAUGGAAAUAUAGAAAAUCCUAAAUCAUGUCUCAAAAAGAUCAACAAAUUAGAUAUACUUACAUAAUUUGAUGAAUUAUAGAAAUAAGAUUAAAAUGAUGAUUUACAAACUGAAAUUAAUUCUGAAAAAAAUUUAAAUAAAGAAAAUCUUUAAAAUGACAAAUAUAUUAUUGUGAGUAAAUUUAAAGAACAUGAUGAUGAAGAAGAAGUAACAAAUUUAAAUUUAUCAUAGAUAUCUAUUAAUCUUGAUGAUUUGGAUGAAUUCUAAUGUAAUUAUAAAGAAUAAAGAUCUUAUGAAAGAUAGGAUAUAUCAGUUUUUGAUUAAGUAAUUAAAAAAAUAGAUUUCAAAUCAGCUUUUAAGAUUAUUGAUAUAGUAAAAUUAUAUGAAAAUAUAUGA